AUGAUACAAGUUCGCAAAUGGUCGAACAAGGUAUCAGCUGUGUCAGAGACGCGGCAAAUCGUCGUUGGAAUGGUUGACGCGACGAAGAACAAUAAAAUUAAGACAUCCAAAUACAGCCUGCUUCUCUUCAUCCCAAAGAACCUGACUGAACAGUUCAGAAGAAUAGUUAACUUCUACUUCUUGAUAGUAACCGUUAUCGCCAUUGUUAUUGACAGUCCAGUUUCUCCUUUCACGAGUAUAGCUCCGUUAAGUUUUAUGGUGUUCGUGACGGCUGUGAAGCAAGGAUACGAAGACUGGCUGAGACACAAGGCUGACAACAAAGUUAAUAAUAAAAUUGUGGAGAUAGUCCACAAAGGAGUUAUCCAAGAAGUGAAAAACUCCACUAUAGCACCAGGCACAUUAGUGCGAGUUAAACGUGGUAGGGAAGUGCCCGCGGAUUUAGUGCUGUUAUGUUCAGCGGGAGAGAAAGGAAAAUGUUUUGUAACCACAGCCAACUUGGAUGGAGAAACAAAUCUUAAAACAUUGAGAGUUCCAGCACCCUUAGUUGGUUAUACUGCAGACAUUUUGCCACAAAACAUGAGAAUCGAAGUGCCGAAUCCAGUUGCUGAUUUAUACACAUUCUACGGUCGUUUGGAUAUUCCCGGUUUCGACAACAAAGUUCUUAGCACUGACCAUCUGAUGCUGAGAGGAUCGAGGGUCAAGAAUACGGAAUGGGCAAUAGGAUGCGCUGUUUACACUGGAGAAGAAACAAAGCUGGCUCUCAAUUCAAAAUAUUCAGGAAAUAAGUUUUCAUCUAGCGAAUCCGCUGUCAAUAGUUCUCUAGUAGUUUAUAUUAUUGUUCUGUUAGCAGCAAUGAUAUUAUCAUUCGUUGCCAAGUACAUUAUAGAUAAACGCAACAAGGGUCGCAACGUUUACUUGGGAGAAGAAACUAGCAAUCCAUUAUCAGCUUCGUCUGUUAUUCAAGACCUCUUUUCAUUUUUGCUCCUCUACUACUACAUUAUUCCUAUGUCGUUAUAUGUGACUAUAGAAUUGUACAAAUUUAUAGGUGCUCUUUUCAUUGGAUGGGAUCAGGAAUUACGAUGCGAAGUAACAGGUAGACCCGCUAUAGCUAACACGUCGGACCUCAAUGAAGAUUUGGGCCAAGUAGAAGUUCUCUUCUCUGACAAAACUGGUACAUUGACCAAAAACCUCAUGGUCUUCAAAGCGUGUUCCGUCAAUGGACAAAUUUAUGAAGAAAGGGAAUCUAAGUUAUACGACACCGAACGUUUCGACGAGCCCGUUGAUAUAUUUCAGACAGACAUCAAAUUUUUCUUCACUAUACUCGCUCUAUGCCAUUCCGUGCAAGUUUCAAGCGAAGAUAUGAAAAGGCUCAGCGCCAAAUUAUCUUCAAGCCCUAAUUUACAAAUAUUAAAAAUAUUCAAAAGGACCAAACAGAGCAAAGUUAGCAAUGACGAUAGCGCGGAAGACAAAACCUGGAUUAAUAAUAUAAGCGAGAAUACUAAUAGUCUUGACUAUCAAGGCAGUAGUCCGGAUGAAAAGGCGCUUGUUGAGGCAGCCGAUAGAGUCGGUGUGACGUUCUUAGGUGAAGAAGGAAAUAAUCUGUUACUCAGAGUUUCAGACGCCACAGAAAUGUAUGAGAGACUGCAGAUUAUAGAAUUCACGUCGGAGAGAAAAAGAAUGUCAGUUAUCGUAAAAGAUAAAGAUGGCAAGAUAUGGCUGUUUUGUAAGGGAGCGGAGAGUUCAAUUUAUCCACUUUGUAAAGAUAGUACAUCUAUUGGGGAAGUUGACAAAGAUAUUAAUUAUUUUGCAAGCAAAGGACUGCGAACACUAGCCGUAGCGUACAGGGAAAUAUCACAAGAGGAAUAUGACAAAGUCUCCAAUUCUAUCAAAGAACUGGAGGGUACAAGCGCGGCAGCGUUACAGCAAGCAACACAGCAGUUCCGCAGUCUGGAGGCAGAUCUCAUACUGGCUGGAGCGACCGCUGUGGAGGACUGUUUGCAAGAUGGAGUCGCUGACACACUCGCCGCACUCAGAGCGGCCGGCGUUAGGACGUGGGUUCUUACAGGAGAUAAGAUAGAAACGGCUAUAAAUGUAGCCCAAUCUUGUUCACACAUAUCCGAGAACGACAAACGGCUGUUCCUAGUCGGAAUAAACAACGAGGAAUCAUUACAAGCCAGUCUGGAUAUAUGCAAUCGUACGUUAGAAGAGCCGUCGUAUAAGGACCUGACUCUCAUAGUAGAUGGCACCAGUAUGAGCUGGAUCCUCGACACUCCAGUUGAUAAAGUGUUCGUGGACAUUUCCCUCAAAUGCAAGGCAGUUCUUUGUUGUAGACUGUCACCCAUACAGAAAGCUAAGAUAGUAAAACUUAUAAAGAACAGUCGCGAGCGUCCAAUAACAGCCGCUAUAGGAGACGGAGCUAAUGACAUAUCAAUGAUUCAAGAAGCUCACGUGGGCUUCGGACUAUUCGGGAAGGAGGGACACCAGGCAGCUAGGUCAGCUGAUUUUGCAUUUACGAAGUUUGCUAUGGUGAAAAAAAUGCUACUAGUGAUGGGACACUGGUACUACCAGAGACUGGCGACCCUCGUACAUUACUUCUUUUAUAAAAAUCUGGUCCUUGGUAUUUUGAUGUUACUAUUUCAAACGGAUUCAGCUUUCUCAACACAAUCUAUAUUCGACUCGUUGUAUUUGACGUUUUAUAAUCUGUUCUUCACUUCCGUUCCGUGUUUGCUUCUCUCUGUCACAGACCAGAGAUGGCCAGCCAAGCUGUUGAUGAAGAACCCAGCACUAUAUAAAAAUAUAAAGAAGAACCAGUUGUUCUCUUGGAUGUAUUUCGCUGCUUGGUUUAUAUCGGCGCUCUAUCAUUCACUUAUCAUAUAUUAUUUCUCUAAAAUGUUAUUUGAAGUUGCUGUUAUUGAUGGGGACGGAAAAAAUGUGGAUCUAUGGUGUUUCGGAGCUGUGCUUUUUCAUCUUAUGCUAGUAGUGGUAACACUACGACUAAUACUACAGGCGCGCUAUCAAACAUUAGUUUUCUUAAUGACGGCCACACUCUCCGUCCUUGUAUAUAUGGCCUUUAAUACUGUUUAUUCCAUAAUAUAUAUACCUCUCGACGGUGAUGUCUUGGGUACUUACACAAGAUUACUGGCUUCACCAUCUUUCUGGUUUUUGAAUUUAAGUGUUAUUGUUAGCACUAUGACACCUGACCUUUGCAUUCGCCUUAUAUCCGAAAGAAGAAGUCGCCGGAACUUACAUUUGGAUACUCGUACCGACACUGUUUUUUCCACACGACUUUAA